GGUGCGCGCCGCCAUCUUGUUCCUGUUUAACACCCAUGGGUGCAAAAUUAUAGAUUUUUAUCACGAUACUCUGUUAUUCUUCGCUUCUACUACGGUAAAACAGAAACUGAAACAUUUGACACAGGAGCUAUAUACACGAAGAUCAGGAUAUAAUCAAGACGGCGCAAGGAAGAGAUGAAAGAUGCUCCUGUCAUAAGAUACAUUGUAGAAUGGUAGCGGUAUUUUGGAAAUGGUGUUGUUGGACAGCGAUACUGUUCAUCUGUUUACAAAUAGAUACCACUUCAGCAGUAUGUGACUGUGAUAUAGACUGUGCGGGUAACUGCACUGCGGGGACAUACUGGUCUGCUGCCUCCAGUAGCUGUCAGACAUGUGACACUGGAUAUUAUUGUCCAGGGUCAAAUUCAUCCCGCAUCCCCUGCAGUGCAGGUACUAUGAACAAUGCGACAGGCUCCUCAGAUAGCAGUGCCUGUAUAGCAUGUGCAGCUAAUGAAGUAAGCAGUGGAGGGGCAGCUGUGUGUGACCUGUGUCCAGUAGGGUAUAGCUGUACAGGGUCAACUAGCACCACAGCCUGUGUUCUGCCUCAGUAUUCACAAAUAGGAGAGACAAUGUGUAAUACAUGCCCCAACACCAGCAUAUGUGCAACGACUACUGGAGCACCUCAGGAGUGUCCUGCCGGUCAGGUGCCUAACUCUAACCAGAGUGCCUGUGAGAACUGUGCUGCUGGUCAGUACAGACGGUCAUCUGACCCAGCGUGUCAAGACUGCCCACUAGGAUACAAGUGUCCUACUGGGGGACUCUCUGCUCCAAUAGAAUGUCCAACAGGGUAUUAUCAGAAUGUGACCGGUCAAUCUGCGUGUGAAAUAUGUCCAGCUGGUCAUGAAUGCUCGGACCCUACUGCGGCCACUGCCUGCUUAGCUGGACAGUAUGCUGUAGCAGGGUCAACAAACUGCUCUAGUUGUGGUACAGGGUAUUAUGUUAUGGAAGGAUCAGGGUCUUGCGCCCUGUGUCCUGCAGGCAAGGGCUGCACUAACCCCUCAGUCACACCCUCAGACUGUCCUGCAGGCCAAUACAGUGGCCUUGGGGAGGCAGGGUGCAUCAGUUGUCCAUCAGGAUAUUAUAGCCUCGGUGGUGCCAGUAGUUGUGACCCCUGUCCAGCUGGUCAGGAGUGUACUAAUUCUUCCAUUAGCCCUAUUAACUGUACAGCUGGUACAUAUAGCCCACUGGGGGAACCAGGGUGCAGAACAUGUGCUUCAGGCUCCAUGCCAAGACCUUUCGGAUGA